AUGGUCUUGACAAUUCCAGAAAUUCUUGCUUUUCUUGCUUUUAUCUUACUUCUUAUGAAGGCACUGACCAUAGGCCGCCGCCAUAAACACUACCCUCCCGGACCACCCACCUUGCCUAUACUUGGCAACAUCCACCAGAUGCCCAAGAGAGAUGCACACCUUCAGUUCCAGAAAUGGGCCUACAAGUACGGUCCCAUCUAUAGUCUGAUGCUUGGCACCAGAGUCCUUAUAGUUCUGUCCAGCGAUCAAGCAGUCAAAGAUCUCCUCGACAAACGCAGUGCAAUUUACUCCGCACGUGAAGACAUGUACGUCGGCCAGACGCUCUGCAGCGGAGGCUUGCGUUUCCUGAUGAUGGAAUAUGGGCCAACAUGGCGCUACUUUCGCAAAAUGUGCUACAUAUUACUGAAUGUUAAUGUUGCUAAGACUUAUGUCCCUUACCAGCUCCUGGAGAAUAAGCAAAUGCUGUACGAAAUGCUCGUGUCUCCAGACCGUUGUCUGCAGAACAUUCGUCGUUAUUCAAAUGCUUUAACAACAACCAUGGUCUUUGGCUGGCGGACUCCUACUUAUGAAGAUGAUGCUAUGAAGCAACUCUACGAAGGCUUCUCUGAAUUUGUGCAGAUCAACCAGACUGGAACGGCUGCACUACUCGAUUCCUUUCCUCUUUUGCGGAAGCUUCCGGACCGGAUGUUUCCUCUGCAAGCGAGAGCGAAGGAGGCAUUCAAGAAAGAAAGACAGCUCUAUGUCGGUCAUUGGCUCACAGCGAAGAAGGCGAUGGAAGCUGGUACCAUCCAACCUUGCUUCUGCGUCGGCAUGGCACAAGCUCAGCGAGAAGCAGGCUUCUCAGACGAUCAAGCAGCUUACAUUACAGGAACUCUACUAGAGGCUGGUAGUGAUACUACUGCAAGCACGCUUUAUGCUUUUGUGCAGGCCAUGCUGCUCUUUCCUGCAGUCCAAAAGAAGGCGCAGGAAGAGAUCGAUCGUGUUGUCGGCAAAGAUCGUCUGCCGACAAUGGAAGAUGAGCCCAGUUUGCAGUAUAUCCGAGGCUGUGUGAAGGAAAGUCUUCGAUGGAUGCCGACAACAAUUCUUGGCGCAGUUCCACAUGCUGUGAUCCGAGAUGAUACUUAUAUGGGCUACAAGAUACCGAAAGGCGCAGGUGUAAUGAACAAUGUAUGGGCGAUCCAUAUGGAUUCUAACCGCUCUCCUGAACCACGACGCUUUGAUCCAGACAGAUUCAAGGACGACUUCCUGAAUUGUGCGGAUUCAGCAACGCAGCCAGAUGCUUCGAAAAGAGAUGCGUUCACUUUCGGAGCAGGCAGAAGGAUCUGUCAAGGUAUGCAUGUCGCUGAGCGUAGCCUCUUCCUUGGCAUAUCUAGAAUGUUGUGGGCGUUUGACAUCAAACCUGUCAUUGAUUCCGCUACAGGAGAGGCGAUUUUGCCUGAUCCUGACAAAUUGACGCAAGGCAUCUUGGUAAUGCCUGAAGAGUACAAGGUCAAAAUUACACCCAGGGAUGAAAUCAGAGCAGACCUCAUCAGGAAGGAAUGGCAAGAAGCAGAAGAAUUGCUUGAUCCCGUAACCAAGCAGUGGAAGCAGACGCCAGAAGGUAUGGUGUUGCCGAGCUUGUAG